CUGAAUUGAAUGUGAUGACGAGCAAUGGGCUCUGUUUUGUAAGUAUGUGUGAGAAAGACAAAAAUGCCAAGUAUAUACGGAACAAAUCGUGGCCUCAAUAUGAAGACUGGAAGGAGGUUUUUGGUAAUGACCGUGCUGAUGGUGAUCGUCGUGUAGACGUUGGUGAUGCUGCAGGGACCAUUUAUCCAAAUAGAGAUGGAAUUCAGGCCGAGGAUGAAUGAGUUGCGCAUUCCACCAGAGUUUGUGUCUCUUCAUGGAGCGGAUCUCCCUUUCGACUGCCGUUUAGUCACAACGCAUGGAAGGAGUUGGCCAGUUCGUUUGAUGAAGAUUGCGAGUGGUUGCCAUUUCCAUGCUGGAUGGUCUGACUUUCGGAUCAUUCAUAACAUUGUGCACGACGAUUGGCUUACGUUCACUAUGGUUGACGCGGGCAUAUUCCAUGUGAAGCGCUAUAAUCCAAGAACGGGAUGCCCUCUACUCGGUGAUUUUCAAGCCACUGGAGUUGGAGACUCCGACCACAGUGAUGCCCCCGAUGUUGAUACGGAGGACGACUAUGUGCCAACGGAAACAAAGGGGGGCGACUCAUCGGAUGAUGACAACUAUGCUCCGGACCCAGGGAUUGUAAAUGAUGAUGUCUGUCCUACUUUCACCAUUACACUGGACAGUUCGAACAUCAACCGCUCUUUGGAGAUUCCAAUGGCUUUUUGGCGCCGCCACAUUCGCAUGAAUGCCCUGCAAGACCCGGUUUACUUCAAUGUGAACGGUGACACUUGGUACAUCAUUCUCGACCACAAUGAAACCAAGAUCUGGGUGAAACGUGGCUGGAGACGUUUCAAAUAUGGUAACAAUCUGGUGGUGGAUGUGCGCUGCCACUUCAAGCUCAUUGAUCGGAAUGACGUCCAGUUUUAUGUGUGGUUUGAUCGCCCUUAAAAAAAUGCAGAUUGUCUUGGUGGAACCGUGGUAGUAAUGUAGUUUAAUGUGGUGUUUGUAAUGUACGAUGCAGCUUGUUGUUGGGUGAGUAUAGUUCACCAAAUUUUCUUGAUCGGAUUGGUAUUAUAUUAGUUUGGUAGGU